GUCCGGCGGCACAAACGGAAGGUGCAUCUGCACCUAUGGCAGCGAGCAAGUCCCAACCGGUGGAGCUGGGCUUCGCCGAGGAGGCGCCGUCCUGGAGGCUGCGCAGCGAGCAAUUCCCCAGCAAGGUGGGCGGGCGGCCGGCGUGGCUGAGUGCCUCCGGGCUGCCGAGGCCAGAGGCGAUGGCUUGCGCCCGCUGCGGUCGGCAGCUCACCUUCCUGCUGCAGCUGUACGCACCACUGCCUGGCCACGCCGACGCCUUCCACCGGGGCCUCUUCCUCUUCUGCUGCCGGGAGCCGCCGUGCUGUGCCGGACUGCGAGUUUUUCGGAAUCAGCUUCCGAGGAAAAAUGAGUUUUACUCAUAUGAGCCACCUUCUGAGACCCCAUCCUCAGACAGAGUAGAAUCUGUGUGCCUCCAGCUUAAGUCUGGGGCUCAUCUCUGCAGAAUUUGUGGCUGUUUAGGCCCUAAAACAUGCUCCAGAUGCCAGCAGGCACACUAUUGCAGUAAGGAGCAUCAGACCCUGGACUGGAGGUUGGGACAUAAGCAGGCUUGUACACAACCAGAUCAUUUGGACCACCCAGUUCCAGACCACAACUUCCUGUUUCCAGAAUUUGAAAUUGUAACAGAAACAGAAGAUGAGAUUAUGCCUGAGAUUGUGGAAAAGGAAGAUUACUCUGAGGUUACAGGAAGCAUGGAGGAAGUACUUGAGGAAGAACUGGAUUCCAUGGCAAAGCAUGAAUCUAAGGAAGAUUACAUUUUUCAGAAGUUUAAAUCCCAAGUAGCCCUUGAGCCAGAGCAGAUUCUCAGAUACGGACGAGGUAUUAAGCCCAUCUGGAUUUCUGGUGAAAAUAUCCCUCAAGAAAAAGAUAUUCCAGAUUGCCCGUGUGGUGCCAAGAGAAUAUUUGAAUUUCAGGUUAUGCCACAGCUGCUGAACUACCUAAAAGCAGACAGACUGGGCAAGAGUGUUGACUGGGGAGUCUUGGCUGUCUUCACCUGUGCUGAGAGCUGUAGCCUGGGCACUGGCUACACAGAGGAAUUUGUGUGGAAACAAGAUGUAAUAGACACACCAUGACAAUAUCUUAAAGCCUUAAAAUGUUCCUUAUGUUAACUUAAUUCCAGCUCAAAGACUUUAUCCUAGGAAACUAUCAGAGAUGGAAGUAUGAAGAUGUUGCUUGAGGAAUUAAUUUACAAUGUCUAAAUAUUACUAAAGGAAAAGCAUCCAAUGACAAAUUAAAAUUUUGGUAUUAUCCACA